GGAUGGGGUGUGUACGAGCAGCGUGCGUAUAAAACUCCAGCAGGAAACCAGCGGUAGUUUCCAAACCCAGAGAAGGAGAAGCAGCAAUAGAUCUGGAAUAAGGGACUGUAAUCAACUUUCCUUCUGAGAAGCUGGGAAAUUUCUCACUUUGCUUCAUGAAAACGAAGCUGAAUCUUUUGCCCAGCGCCUAUUAAUUAGGUGAAAUGGGCCUCUCGCCCACGAUUUGACUUGAGCUGUGUCUCUCUAGCCCGGCCAAUUCUUCUUUCCUCCGCAGCGGAUUGGCUCUGGCUAGAAGCCUACCUCCUGCAAUAAAGGAGUCUGGUUGCUGGGUCGCUAACCCGUUGAUCUUUUUCUCUUGUUGGUGAUGGCGCUUAUCAUCUUUACGCUCCGGCUGGCCAUCGGCAUCCUGCUAUUUCCCAUGUUCCUGCUGAACCUUCUGGGCUUGUGGAACCAGAUAUGCAAAAAAUGGUUCCCCUACUUCUUGCGGAGGUUCACCGUGAUGUACAACGAACAGAUGGCGAGCAAGAAGCGCGAGCUCUUCAGCAACCUGCCGGAGUUUGCGGGCCCCUCCGGGAAGCUCUCUCUGCUGGAAGUGGGCUGCGGCACCGGGGCCAACUUCAAGUUCUACCCGGCUGGAUGCAGGGUGACUUGUAUCGACCCCAACCCCAACUUUGAGAAGUUCUUGAUCAAGAGCGUCGCCGAGAACCGACACCUGCAGUUCGAGCGCUUCGUGGUGGCUGCGGGGGAGAACAUGCAGCAGGUGGCCGAUGGCUCCAUGGAUGUGGUGGUCUGCACCCUGGUCCUGUGCUCCGUGCAGAACCAGGAGCAGAUCCUCCAGGAGGUGUGCCGAGUGCUGAGGCCGGCCAGAAGACACACGUUUGUGGUCAUUCCGACAGCCUGUGGAAGUGACCUAAGCCCGUGCAAAAUGGAAACCGGAAAAGAGAGAAAAAUGUCUUCAGAUAACCAGUGGUCAGCAGAUGGGGAGGAAAGCCCACUCUCACGACUGAUUAGGAAAUCUAGAGACUCCCCCUUUGUCCCCGUAGGAAUAGCAGGCUUUAUGACUGUCGUGUCCUAUGGUCUUUACACGUUAAAGUACAGAAGGGAUCAGAAAAUGUCCAUUCAUCUUAUUCACAUGAGAGUUGCUGCCCAAGGAUGUGUUGUAGGAGCUGUGACUCUAGGUGUUCUCUAUUCUAUGUAUAAGGAUUACAUUAGACCUCGAUUCUUCAAUGUGUCCAAAAAAUGAAGCUACAUACAUACAAGACAAGAAGGCUUCUGAAAACUAUUUAUUCUGAAGAAUAAAUUUUCAGUAUGUAGUAAAUUAUACUGCAAAACUAUGAGACAGGAUUCGCAUAGCCUUGUAUAGCAAGUCUCAAUUGUUUAUGUUGAUUUCCAAAUCAAGAGUCAUAGUCAACUCAAAAAUAUCCUUGUUGUCUUUCAGAACCUAGGACAUGAUUUUCUGACUUUUAGAAUUUUUAUUUUCUAGUUAGUGGCAAAAAAUAAUCUAUAUUACGUCAAACCAAUCUGAAAAUUAGGAGUUAGUUAUAUAAUGACUACAGAAAAAUUAUCUAUAUCUGUAUUAAAUGUGACGGUCUAGCCUGGGUGGCUCAGUCGGUUAAGUGUCCAACUUCAGCUCAGGUCAUGAUCUCGCAGUUUGUGGGUUCAAGCCCCACGUCGGGCUCUGGGCUGACAGCUCAGAGCCUGGAGCCUGUUUCGGAUUCUGUGUGUGUGUGUCUCUCUCUUGCUGUCCCUCCUCUGCUCACUCUCUCUCUCUCAAAAUAAAUAAAUAAGCCUUAAAAAAAAAUGAUGCUCCAUUCAUUGUUUAAUUCUCUCCAAAUAGGGCAAGGUAAUUAAAGCUUUCAUAAAUUCCUUUUGAGAAUGGGAAACAAUUACAUCAGAGGAGAAUGGCCAUGUUGUUAUUUAAAUUUGGUUUACCAUUGUGUGCUUCGCUCUUAUCUCAAAAUUUGACUAUUUUGCCACAAACAUAAAUGUUUAACAUUUAAAUGUCUAUGUAUUCAUUUUUAUACUUGAAAGCAUUUCUAGGAGUACAAAGGUGAAUUGCUAAAAAAAAAAAUCCCUUUUCCCCAGAUGACAACUAUAGGGGUGAAAGGAAUUAGUCCA